GACGCUGAGGGGGCGCCGGAGGCUGGGCGCCGGCGGGGGCCCAUGGCCAGGACCACCAGCCAGCUGUAUGACGCCGUUCCCAUUCAGUCCAGCGUUGUGUUAUGUUCCUGCCCAUCCCCAUCCAUGGUGAGGACCCAGACUGAGUCCAGUUCAGCCCCUGGUGUCCCAAGCGGUGGCAGCAGGCAGAACCCCACCAUGGAUGGCACCACAGCCGAGUCCCGGCCGAGUGCCACCUCCUUGCAGCAUGCUGCCCAGCCACCGCCUCAGCCUCGGAAGAAACGGCCGGAAGAUUUCAAGUUUGGGAAAAUUCUGGGCGAAGGCUCUUUCUCGACCGUUGUUCUGGCUCGAGAACUGGCAACUUCCAGAGAGUAUGCUAUUAAAAUCCUGGAGAAGCGGCAUAUUAUCAAAGAGAACAAGGUUCCAUAUGUGACCAGAGAGCGGGAUGUGAUGUCGCGCCUGGAUCACCCCUUCUUUGUUAAGCUUUACUUCACUUUUCAGGACGACGAAAAGCUCUAUUUUGGCCUUAGUUAUGCCAAAAAUGGAGAACUACUUAAAUAUAUUCGCAAAAUUGGUUCUUUUGAUGAGACCUGUACAAGAUUUUACACUGCUGAGAUUGUGUGUGCUCUGGAGUACCUGCACGGCAAGGGCGUCAUCCACAGGGACCUUAAACCAGAAAACAUCCUGUUAAAUGAAGACAUGCACAUACAGAUCACAGACUUUGGAACAGCCAAGGUGUUGUCUCCAGCGAGCAAGCAAGCCAGGGCCAACUCGUUCGUAGGAACGGCGCAGUAUGUUUCUCCAGAGCUGCUCACGGAGAAAUCAGCCUGUAAGAGUUCAGACCUUUGGGCUCUAGGAUGCAUAAUAUACCAGCUUGUGGCAGGAUUACCACCGUUCCGAGCCGGGAAUGAGUAUCUUAUAUUCCAGAAGAUCAUUAAGUUGGAAUAUGACUUUCCAGACAAAUUCUUCCCUAAGGCAAGGGACCUUGUGGAAAAGCUCCUGGUUUUAGAUGCCACAAAGCGGUUAGGCUGUGAGGAGAUGGACGGGUACGGCCCUCUCAGAGCUCAUCCCUUCUUUGAGUCCAUCACAUGGGAGAACCUGCAUCAGCAGACACCCCCGAAGUUGACCGCCUACCUUCCGGCCAUGUCUGAGGACGACGAGGACUGCUAUGGCAACUACGAUAACCUCCUGAGCCAGUUUGGCUGCAUGCAGGUGUCAGCCUCGUCCUCCUCCCACUCCUUGUCUGCCACAGACGCCGGCCUGACCCCGAGCUCCGGCAGCAACAUAGAGCAGUACAUCCACGAUUUGGACACUAAUUCUUUUGAACUGGACUUACAGUUUUCUGAAGAUGAGAAGAGGUUGUUACUGGAGAAGCAGGCCGGUGGAAACCCCUGGCACCAGUUUGUAGAAAAUAAUUUAAUACUAAAAAUGGGGCCAGUGGAUAAGCGAAAGGGUUUAUUUGCACGACGAAGACAGUUACUGCUCACAGAAGGGCCACAUUUAUAUUACGUGGAUCCCGUCAACAAAGUCCUGAAAGGUGAAAUCCCAUGGUCACAGGAACUCCGCCCGGAGGCCAAGAAUUUCAAAACCUUCUUUGUGCACACACCCAACAGGACGUACUACCUGAUGGACCCGAGCGGUAACGCGCAUAAGUGGUGCCGGAAGAUCCAGGAGGUGUGGAGGCAGCGGUACCAGAGCCACCCUGAUGCCGCCGUGCAGUGACAGCCCUGCGGCCGGGCUGCCCUUGGCUGCCAGGACACGUGCCCCAGCGCGGCUCGGCCGCCCCACAGGACGCUGUCAGACCACCUGCCAGCCAUCUCAAGGGGAACACAGACGGCGCAAACCUUGCAGCUUUUUUAUUUAAAAGAAAAGAAAAAAAAAUACCCAACCACACAAAGAACAAAAUCCAUAACAAGAAGGAAUUCAGGGUCGCUCUGCUUGCUCUGUGCGCCUGGAGGCUCCGCGUGCCAGAUUAGUGAGCAGACCAGCAUCUCCGGCUUCUCCUAGCGCAGUCAGAACACGCAUCGCACCCCUCCCCGCGCCGACCCCAGGCUGUUCUGCUGGGGCUGAGGGCACAGAUGUGUCCUUGGUUCUCUGAGCUGCACCCACCCCAGUCAUCACGGAACCCCUCACCUGGGAGCAGCUGCGUGCCUCUGCUGGUUGGCUGGCAACCCUCCUUGGGCCACAGGGCUCUCUGCUUUUGUGCGUGUGCUGUUUCUUGGGUCCCUCGUGUUUGACCCUAGAGAUGUUGCUGGGCCCCCAUCCUGGCCCCGGCAUAGUUCUGAUGGCCCCUGCUGUCUGUCAGCAGGCAGGCUGCUACAGGGGGUGGUGGCCUGCAGUGCCCAUGAGCCUCGAGCCUGCCUGGGAAGGGUACUGUCCCAGGCGGCCUGCUCAUUGUCCAGCUGGGUCAUUGCACAGGAGGUGUCAUUCUUCCCCCAGCCUGGGUGAGACCAACAGGUGCUGCUGCACUGGGUUCAGUGAGAGGAAACGGCACAGUGUCCGUGUGCAGGGGUGAGGCUCUGGUCCUUCCUGGGAUCUCUGGGAGGGUGCGGGCCUCCUGCACUGGAUGUGGGGGGCUGAGAGAGGGUCCUGCCUUGGCCCAGGUUGCUUCUGUCUUCUGCAGACGGCUCCUGGGGGUACAGGCACACAGCAGCCUGCGCAUCCUGUUCUCAUUGUGGUUAAACAUUU